ACUAUGGUUGCCGGGAAACAAGCAAAGAACAAGGGAAACAAUUUAAAGAAAUACAAAAUGAGAGUAGUAAUCUGCAAUCUUGCAGCUCAAAGAGAUUCAACUUUUUGGAUUUUAUUGUUUAUUUUUCAUAGACUCAAACAGUACUUUUUUAAUAUUUUACAAAUUACCAACAAAAAAAUACAACAUCAGAGAUUUACACCCAUUGGAUGUUGGAUACCUAUGCAUAACUUGGUAGUGACUCCUGGACAGAACAGCAAAUCAUCCAAGGUUCAGCAUAGAGGGUGUUAUCUUAGCUCUCUAAGAUGACAGAACUAACAGAACAGGAAAUUCAGAAAUUUCUCAUUUGCGAUAAAAGAGAGACUGGAAACAAGGUUUUUGCCUUUGAAGAAGAUGAGCACUACCUUGUUCAUGGGUUCUAUCACUUUAAGCAUUUCCCCUGUGAGAGUCCAGUGCGUUUCAUGUUACACUUACCUGCAAUUCGUGCCUUCAUUAGCCUCCACGAAGACAACAAAGUAAGCCUUUUCAGACCUAAAUGCUACAGGGAGACCAUCUGGAGAAAAAUGCCCUUUUUGGGCCUGACUCCUACAAAGAUCCUGGGAUGGAUAAUAGGCUGGGGCCCCGGGCCCAUCUUCACUCUCCUGGAUAACGAAUUGCGGCAUUUGGAUACUGCAGACAACGCUCUUGAUAUUCGACUGUGUGAAGCAGCGGAGCAUUCCUGGGAGCUGGUUACUGCAGGCUUUGGGAACGUGUGUGUGUGGUCGGUGAUGCUCAUGAGGUGCAGAGUGACGAUCAAGGAAGGGCUGCCACUGAGUGCUUUCACUCAUAUGGCAUUGGCUCCUCCACAGAAGAAGAGGCCUCACCUUGCCUUUGUUGCAUGUGGAAUGGAUGUGACUGUGAUCAACCUCGAUGAUGGGAUGGUUCAGGAACACCAGCAGGAACUCUGUCCAAGUGAAAUCACCGCAAUGUUGUUCUGCACCCAACUUGACUGUUUGAUCACUGGUUUCCAAGAUUACGCCAUCACAGUCUGGGGUCUUGACUGGGUUCCACGUGUGACAUUUUUUGGACAUGAAGGUGGGGUGAAUUCGCUAUUCUAUUGCUCCAAAACAAACCUGCUGAUCUCAUGCUCUGCAGACUGCACCAUCCGUAGCUGGGAUGUAAAAAAGAACUUGGCAAUCGAUUGCUUCCACACAGACCAGAACACCCCUCCGCUGUGUUUGGGAGGCAUAAAGAACGAACACCCGUUUUUCUCUUUUUCACACAAAGGUGUGGAUCUUUGGUUUCUAACAGCUUGGUACACCCUCCACACAAAGAUCAAAGAGGAUGAAGACAUCGCCUUGAAACAAAUCUUAGUCUCACAUUUGCCUCCUUGCUACCCAACCCGAGUGACUUGUGUCAGUGAAGAUGAUCAUGUCUAUCUAAUUUCUGCUGGAACAGGAGAAAUGCUGACCUCCUUUAAGGCAGGAAAGAAGGUAUUAUAUGCUGCCUACUGCCUUCAAAAAGAACUUUUGUUUGUCUUGACUCAGGGUGGUACCUUACUGCAAGUCAACCCACUCGCUAAUCCAGCCACUUUGAUACAAGAAUGGGAAGGCAGAGGCCAGAGUCCCUGGCCAACAUCAGACACUCUAAGUAAAAAAGAUGUCCAAAAUCUGCCGAUGCCUGGCCCCGCCUGUUGCAUGGUGGUUUACAGCUCCUUGGGAGACCCUGAGAAGGCUUUAGAGAAGUGGAAAAGUUUACAAAGUGGAAGAGGCAGCAGUCAGAGGGACAGCAGACAUAUUGAUCAUUUCAAGAAUAGAUUUUGGGUUAUCAUUGGCCAAAGUGGUGGCUGUGUGAGUGUCCUCGCAAUGGAUGAUGGGACGGUCCUGUUCAGAACCCCGGCACACAACGGCAAGGAUGUCACAGCAAUGAAGGCCUACCCAAACAACAACUACCUCCUCUCUUCUGGUAAGGACUUCGCGGUGGUGGUGUGGAAAAUUCACCCCGAUGGUGCAACGUGUCUCACCCAUUGCCAGACGGUGAUAUGUUAUGAGCCUCAGGUCUACCUGGCGGCACUGGAGCUGCAGGUGGCCCUGGCGUUUCAAGAGCCUAACAGCAAGUCCUACAGCCUACAACUCUACCAUUUGGAAAACCUGAAACGAGCAGAAUGUCAGCAAAAAAAUGCACAUAUAGAUUCCCUCACAGGAGUGUGUGCGAUUCCUGAAAUAAAUGCGUUUGCUUCCUGCAGUCUGGAUAAGACAGUGCGCAUCUGGAAUGAGAAGAAUAAGCUCAUCUGGGUGCAACAGCUUGUGGGAGCACCUCAGUGUAUGGAAUACAGUGGAAACGGGGAGCUAUUUCUGGGCAUGAAUGGGGACCUGUACAGGCUAGAGUUUGCACAGUUUCUACCAAAGAAAUACCAACGAAUGCUUCGUUGCUACUAUUUUGAAAAUGUCCUUUCUGAGCUGCCUCCUUCUGAGGUUGAAGAAACACCCGACAAAGCAGACACAUCAAUUAGUGAGGCAGAAAUAAUAAAGGAAGCUAUCAGUAGCAAUAACGUAAUGAACAUAUACCUGCAGCAGGAAAGGCUGCGUCAGGAGGCGUCAGUGAUCCUAGAAAUGGACCUGCAGGCUCUAAUAAAGGGAGACGUAAAUUGCCCACAAAAGAAAACUCACAGUACAAAACAAACCAAGAAAGAGGCCUUUGACCAAUACAUGCAUGAGUUAUAUGGAUUGACACCUUGUGAGCAGUCUGGUCUAGAUGAAGAUGAUUUUGAUGAUAUUUUAAUGAAGAGCAAAGCACGUUUACUGCGAACCAUUUUCGUUCCAAAGCCAAAACCAGCGGUCAGUCCUGUGGCCACUGAAGUGCUUCCAGAAAAAGAGAUUAUGAAGACAAAGGUGACCAAAAAGGCUCCAGUGUUGAAAGCUAUACUUGCAAAACAAGUCAAAAUGGAGAAGGUUAAAAGGGUCUCAAGUUCAGCGGAUGCAACCCAGGUGCGCCGGUCGAGAUCCUUGGGAUCUCGACAGAGAUCCCAAGCUCUGUUGAGGGUCUCUACUGUUCCUACCACAACACCAGCUCAACUCCAGAAAAUGUCCCAGGAUACUCCAUCUUCUUUCCUCAGUCAGUUUUCACGUAUGGACUGGUUUUCUGAUGUGUUUCCUGACAGAAAGCAUAUCACAAGCAACAUUUCUCCUGAGGACGUCUUCCAGCAGCUACUAAAAUACCUGCACGACUCCGGCGGCAAAGUAAACUCCAAGGUCCUUGGAGCAGUUCGUACAGCGCAAGCUCUGCAAAGCCAGAACCUCUUUGAUGUCACAGAUAAACAGUACAAAAUCCUUACCGAGACUUGGCAGAAAUUCAUACAGCCAUCAAUGUCAAAUCAAGCACGCGAUGUGGUUGUUGAGAUGUUGAAUUUGCUGGUGGAUUUGAAAUCGGAAGUCAGUUACGAUGUUACAAGAAAACUUAUAAUUCUUCUGGCAAAUAAGGAACUGAAUGUCCAGAGACCAAUACUCCGCCUCCUUGAGGGUUUGGGUGUGCGUCAGGCACAGCAAUUCCUGGAACGCGAGUUUAGCAACUGGGGUCAGGGAUUGGAAGGCAACCCUAAAAAGAUGGAGAUAAUUAACAAAAAAGUAGACUGCUGGAUGGAGCAUUGGACCACAAAAUUCAAAGAUUAUAACCGCUUUCUGAACAUUGAAACUUCAUCGCAGUGGAGACAGCCCACCUUCUGCGGAUUGGAUGUCCUGAAAUUUUUCUGUUUGAUUAAAAAAGAAGAGAUCAGAAGGGCCUGCUUUAUUCCUGCUGCCCAAAAAUACAAAGUGUUUGUGCCUCAACAGAAGUGGAGUUACAAACCAAUUUUUCGCCUGGGAGAGACAUACACCAUGACCAGAAAAUGGAAGAAGACAAGAUACUGUGUUUUUGAGCCUAACUUUCCCAAUUGGAUCCACCUGCCUCUGUCUCGUGUCAACCUGCGUCCGUUUCAUACAAACUCGUAUGAGCGCUUGGUGAGGCUCCCUACCCGAACCUACUUCGUCCCUCAACAGUCUACACUGGAGUACUACAGGCGAAAAUUCAAAAACAGGCCUGUAAUAGCCUCACCACCACCACCCCAUCAACCCGUCACUCCACCACCUACUCCUGACCUAACAUUAUUCAAAAAUAAAUAAAAAUUAAUAGUUGG